AUGAUAUUACCAAGAUUCACAAUUUUAAGGGUUACUGGUAGUGGUAAUGUUCCUACUAGGUUAUUUAGAUCGAUCGCUAGGUUCUAUUCCGUUUCUCAACCCAACACCGAUAUUGGUAUUAAUAGUACUCACUGGAAAGAAUUGUCCAAAAUAGUUAAUAAAAACAUUAUCCCUAAAAUAGAUUUAUUAGCAAAAACAACUAAUAAUAAAUUUGUCAACAGAGUUGGUGUUUUAAUCAAUAGGAAUAAAACAUCUUCUAAAGUUUUAUCUGCAUUACUCUUGGAUCCCUAUUUACCUGAUCAAUCAUGGAUAAAUAUGUUUCAAAAAAGAUACAAUAAUGUCUCGCUUUCCAAUAACAAUUCAAAUAUGAUAACUUUAGUCAAGUAUAAUGGAACUUUCCAAAUUAAUAAGAUUGGCAAUGUUACCGUCUACGAAAUUCCAUCUCCAUAUUUAAAAACAAAUAAUGUCGAAUUUGUUGAAUAUUAUAAGGACUACUACAAUAUAAAUGUUUUUAGGGAUAACUGCUAUAUGUAUCUUAACAUACUAUCCUCCAAGGAUACCGUCAAUGCACCAGAUAUUAUAUAUCCUCAUAUCAACGUUGUUGAAGAUGGAGUUAGUGAUUUGUUGAGUAGUACUGUGUACUCGGUAGAUUUUGCUGCAAUACUUGAAACCAUUUUGGACUUUCGUUCAAAUAAACAAAAAAAUACUUCAAAAUAUAAGGAGGUUUGGGUUAACUCAGGGAUGUCGAUAUUUGUAUCUAAAUUAAGUGGUAUUUUGUCAUCGCAACAUCAGCGUGCCUUAUAUAUUAGAAAUUUGGAAAAAAUUGUAAUUGAUCAACUUUUACGAAAAGAUCCCGAUUUAAUUAAAUUCAAUACAGAAUUUAAAUUACAGGAUCAUGUGGCUUCGAGUGAGAUUUCUCAUUGGUAUUCAUCAUCUCAUAAAGAGCUACAAAGCAAAAUCAUGAAUUUAAAACCGGUUUCCUUGUGGAAAAUAUAUUCUUCUUCGGAAUCCAACCUACAAUUACAAUUGUUGGCUAAGCUAGAUCCCAAAAAUUGGGACAUGUUCAAUAAUUUAAAUUAUGUCAAGGGUAAAUUGGGCAUUCAAUCAGAUAAUAAUAAGUUGCCGCACAUUGUACUUGACCAUAGUAUUAUUGCUACGAAGUUACACAGUUUUUACAAUAAAUCGGUCUUUACCAAUUUUUUCACUUUACAAUUACCCUUGGUCUUAAUUUCCGUAAUUGGUGUGUUGAGCAACCAAUUCUCUAUGUAUUCUAUGGGAUCUCUAGCUAGUGUAGGUAUUGUAUUAGGUGUUAAGAAAGUGUUUGACAGCUGUAAUAAAUUUUGGUACAAAACUUUGGAUCAAGACGUUGUGGAUCCAAUAAGAAUGUUUAUUGAAAAUGAGUCUAUUCAAUUAAAAAAACAAGCUAGAGUAAAAUCUUCGGCAGUAAGAGAAAAUGUUGCGAAAAAACUACAAAUUAUUAAACAAAUUGAACUACGUAGUAACAACACUGCUGUAAAUUAA